CUACAGUACCUUUAAGAAACAUGUUGGACCACAUUCCCUGAUCCUCAAACAAUGUUAAUAAGAUGUCACGCGGGAGUUGAAACAUUUCUGGGACCUGGGAGAGUUUCUUGUUUAUAGUUGCACUGUACCCUCAGCAUUCAAAGGACUCUGCCUGUAUCCACAAUGGAAUUUGCUUGUGGCUUUGUCUAUGUGCCGCCAGUGAGUCAGACGGACGUACAAAGAUCUAAUGGCCAUGUCAUUAAACGCUCAGCUCUCCUACCUCCUUGUAACCGAGUUCGUCCUCAGAUGCCCCCCCCUCCUCCUCCAACAAACACUACAGAACCCAAGUCGCUAAAAUUCCCCACAUCUACCUCCAAGAUCAUUGAGCAGUUGGAGAAGAGCAUAUUGAAAAAGGUUGUCAAACCUGCUCUCGUCUAUGAAAAUGAAGGAUGUCACAAUAAAACUGAGGCGGCUUUAUCCGUCAAUACAACAGGCCAGCAGACAACAUCUGCUCGAAGGACAGCUCUUCUUCCACCGCACAUGAAACCUGCAGCAAACAGCCAGUCCCCUCCUGGCAGCCAGCCUCUCAACAGCACUCAGAUACUUGCCUAUGAUCUGCCAAACACUGAGCCACAUUUAAACACCCAGCCCUGGGAUCCAAACUACUCAUACAGUACACCAGAAGGCACUGGGGGCGAGGUGAAGCUGCCAGCCGAUACCAGCAAUGUGGCGGGUCCGACACCAGCUCCAGCCCUCCCACCAAGACCCUCAUUCAUGAAGUCAAUGCCAGAGUACCUGGUGCUGAUACCCUCGUCACGCUCAGCUCCUUCAUCCUCUCAGAAAUCCCCCUCAACUUCAUCACUUUCCCACUCUGCUGGAUCAGCAGAUAAGGAGCCACUUCCCGGUAAUCCUAACGUUGUCCUAGUCAGUUUAGGGAAAUUACUCUCAGAGGAAAGAGUGCAGCCCAUUGUAGGUGAGCCUACCUCCUGCUCCCAGUGUGGCUCUGUGCUGGACUCCUGCUAUUACAAUGUGGUUAAUAAGUGUCACUUCUGUGGAUCCUGCGAGUCGACCAGCCCUCCCUGUAUAAUUCCCAGUAUGAACUUCCUCCUCAACCCGGAUGAAAAGCCCCUGUGUGCUGCUGACGCUCUGCUGAUCUUCUGCAUCGACACCUCGGGCUCCAUGAGCAGCACCUCCCAGGUGUCACUAGGAGAGCAGAUUAUCAACAGAUCCCGUCUCCAGUUUGUCCAGGAAGCUGUGAUACAGUGUGUUCAGAGACUAAGUGAACAGCAGCCAGACAUAAGGGUGGGACUCAUCACCUUCAACCAUCAGGUUAUGAUGCACGGCCAUGAGAAUGUCACUUCACAUUUCCUGAGUGGAGCUGAGUUGAUUGACAGCGACUAUCUGAAAGAGGCUGCAGCCAGUUUCCCCAGUCCACCUCCGCUCUGGCAGACCAAGGAGUUCUUACAGAAACAAGUUAUGGGAUUAUCUGAAAGUGGGACCACAGCUCUGGGUCCAGCUGCUCUCCUGGCAAUUGCAAUGGCCUCCAGACAGCCAGGGUCCAAUGUGAUUGUCUGUACAGAUGGGAAGGCCAACACUGAGUUAGGAAAUCUGGAGGUGGAGGACAAUGAUGCUCACACUCUCCUUUCAUCCACCAUCUUCUACCAGGAGCUGGGGGACUACGCUGCUAUGCAGGGUGUGACGGUGUCUGUGCUGUCCAUAGAGGGAACAGACUGCAGGCUGGAUGAGCUGGGACGUCUCGCCGACCGCACUGGUGGCAAAGUGGUGGUAUCAAGUCCAAACAGGCUGCACCCAGAGUUUGAACAGAUCAUUGACAACAGGACCACAGCUACACACUGUACCGUCACAUUACUGCUGCCCAAAUCACUACGAAUGAGAGGAGAAAAGGAGUCAGGACACAAAGUGACAAGAGAGGUAGGGAAUGUGGCCCCGGACACAGAGAUCACCUUCCAGUUUGGAGUCAAUGAACUCGACACCGAAGCGUCGGCUCCAGCCCCUGGAAGCUGUGUGUCCAUCCAGCUGCUGAUCAAUUACCGACAGAGGAACGGACAGACGAUGCUCAGGGUGAUAACUGCAAACCGAGAUGUCACUGAUGACAGCUCGGCGGCCCUGUCCUCUCUGUCUCUGGCCAUCAUUCAGCUCAACUCAUCACAGGCCAGCGCCGCUCUGGCUGUCAGAGGCCGCUUCCAGGACGCCAGGAGGGAAGGGGAGCUGCAGAGGAAGCUGAUAGAGAGAGCGAUUGAAUAUAAUCACAGUGCCCAGGACCAACAGACUUACCAAGAAUGGAUUAAAACCAUGGAGCCAAUAUACAACAACAUUCAUAACUUCACACGGAGACAAUCGGUCAUCUCUGACUCCCAGCAGUCUCUAACAGACGCUGGAGCAGCGCUGCUCUACACCAUGAAGCACAGCAACAGGAAGUCCAUCUCAUUGAAGAACAAAGUUAAACUAUAGUUACUCCCCCUUUUAUCUUGUUGGAGGCAACUUAGGUCAUGAGUGACAGGGAUAAAUAAAACUGCUGUUUGACUUAAUCUGGCUGUAUAAAUAUCCUUUAAAUAUUGUAAAUGUAUCACUGUAUAUCAGCUGAAAACAUGCUCAUCUGUGUCAAUACAUUUAUUUGUGUGUAAGAUUUCUUAUAUUUCCUGAUCCAGUUGCACACACAAACUGCUGAGGCAGUGCACAGUGUAUUUGACACCUUCCUAGUGGCAGUUUGAGCUUUUGUGUUGUCAAAAAAAAAACCCUGACUCACAAACACAUUAUGCAGCUCACACCGUGUUCCUUUGGUUUCAGCAAAAUACAUCUCACAACCCCCAACGCAACAGCCAAGAUAUAUGUUGUGCUGAUCGACUGAUUGUGAUGAUUAUUUUAAUUGUGUAGUAAUGAAUGUGAUUUAUUUCCACCAAAUUUGAUCAUGCAACAGAACUUGAUAACAUAAGAGCAGCUGAGCAUCAUUAAGAGGCGAGGCAAGUUUAUUUAUGAAGCACAUAUCAUGACACAGAGGUUCAUCAAAGUGCUUUACAUGAAAACACAUCAUAAGAACAGAGCUAAAGGACUAAGAAGUGCGAGGUCCUUAAAAAACUUUAAAUUCAUACAAUGUCACAGUCAGCUUAAGAGUCAGAGAGAAAUGAAUACCAGCAAUUAAAAGCUGAGGUGAACAAAACAAUCUAUAAGCUGUUUGGGGAACAUCAUUCUUCAUUGCAAGUGAACGCAGCAUUAUCAUGUUUUAUUUUAAUUCUACAGAAACAUGAGCUGAGAGGUCUGAAGGGUUCAUUUUGUGGAAGCAAGUGUUUUCCUUCAUCCAUAAACCAUUAACUAAUUAAUAGUAGGAACAUUCAUCCAUCGUCUGUACUGCUUAUGCUUUAAGGGUCAAGAUGAGGCUGGAGCCAGUAAGAAUAUUUGGAAGUCAAUCCUUUGAGUCAUUGGAAGCCAAAGCAGAAAUCUGAGAACUUGUUUAAAGUUGUAUUUACCCCUGAAAUUAAUUGAAAGUGUAAGUAUGUUUUUAUAGAUCUUAAUAAGUUAUGUAUCCAUUGAUUCUUGCUAUAUUUAGGAUAUUGUGGCUGGUUUUGUAGUUGACUUGAUGUGGGAGAUGAAAUCUUAGUCAAUAAUA